AUGGAAACACCAGAAGAAUUUAAAACACAACGUCCAGAUCGGAAACGAAAACGUGAUACAGUUGAAGCAGAAAAUGCCGUUAUGGAUACUGCUGAACAGAAUGUAUCAGUUCAAUUUCCACAAAUAAAUCCAGCUCAAUUAGAAGAUCAAACAGAUGGCUUUCGUAAAAUUACAAUACCUGCACAUCGUUAUACACCAUUGAAAGAAAAUUGGAUGAAAAUCUAUUCACCUGUUGUUGAAUAUCUUCAUUUACAGAUACGUUUUAAUUUAAAAACACGCUGUGUUGAAAUUAGAACAUCUGAACAAACUGAAGAUAGUCAAGCAUUACAAAAAGGGGCCGAUUUUGUUAAAGCAUUUGCACUUGGUUUCGAAGUUGAAGAUGCACUUGCAUUAAUUCGUCUUGAUGAUCUCUUUCUCGAAUCAUUUGAAAUCAAUGAUGUUAAACCAUUGAAAGGUGAUAAUUUAUCAAGAGCUAUCGGUCGUAUUGCUGGUAAAAACGGACGAACGAAAUUUGCUAUUGAAAAUGCAACACGAUGUCGAAUUGUACUUGCAGAAGAUAAAAUUCAUAUUCUUGGUUCAUAUCAAAAUAUCGCAAACGCAAGAACAUCAAUUUGUAAUUUGAUUUUGGGUUCACCACCAUCCAAAGUCUAUGGCAAAUUACGAAAUGUAGCAGCGAGAACAGCCGAAAGUUUUUAA